AGUGACGUCACUGCGAGGCGCGAAUUCUCCGCAAAAAUUAUCAAUAUCCAAAUUUGGAAAAUCUGUCCCGUAAGGUAAGACUUCCUAAACUCGGGUGAUAAUAGACACGCCUGAUGUCGUCUUACAUUGACUGGAAUCACCGUUGAAGUGCUAAACGUCGUUAACAUGCUGAAACAUGUUUGUUAGCAACAUUAGCCGUCCAGCAUAGCAUUUUCGCUAACCCGUUGCUCAUGGGAAAUGGCCUCUCGGGCAGCCGUCAUGGAUACCAGCGCCUUCGACGCGGAUAAUUCUGUCAGCUGCCGGCUGGCCUCCAUCAUCCCCGACAUCUGUAAGACUGAAGACUGCUGCCUGGGCAUCGACGAAGCGGGCAGGGGACCCGUGCUGGGUCCAAUGGUUUAUGGAAUAUGCUUUUGUCCCAUUUCCAAAAAGGAGGAUCUUAAGAGCUUGAACGUGGCAGAUUCAAAAACUCUAUCGGAGGCAGAAAGAGAGAAUCUAUUCCAACAAUUGGACGAUGCUAAAGGUUAUGUGGGCUGGGCCCUGCGUAUUCUCUCCCCCAACACAAUCUCCACCAGUAUGUUACAGAGGACAAAAUGCAACCUGAACACCUUGUCACAUGACACAGCCAUUGGUUUAGUUCAGUUUGCACUGGACAGCGGCGUACAGCUCAAAGAGGUGUUUGUGGACACGGUCGGCCCUGCCGAGAAGUACGAGGAGAAGCUCUCCAAGCUGUUCCCGGGUAUCGACGUCACAGUCAGGCCAAAAGCCGACUCCCUCUUCCCCAUCGUCAGCGCAGCCAGUAUCUGUGCAAAGGUGGCCCGAGACCAUGUUGUGAAAAACUGGAACUUUUCCGAGGACCUGGGAGACCUGGAUCCCGAAUACGGAUCAGGAUACCCGAAUGACCCAAAGACCAAAGCGUGGCUCUUGAAGCACUUGGACCCAGUGUUUGGCUACCCCCAGUUUGUGCGCUUUAGCUGGAGCACAGCCCAAACCUUGAUUGACAGCAAGGCUGUGACUGUCCACUGGGACGAUGACGAGGAGGACGGCGAGAAGGCGGCGCAGCGGCUGGCCAACAGGUCCGUGCUGUCCUACUUCGGCGCGCCAGGUGGCGUCAACAACCAAACGCAGCAGACGCACCGCUUCUUCACGGAGCGGAGGCUGAAGAGUAUGGACGCGCUCUGAGGACUGGCAUGUCCGUACUGUGAGUUGCUUGUACGCGCACACAAGCAGCAGUGCAAGGACGAAUAUCUUUUUGUUUGAUACGUACCUGCUUCACUCAUAAAAUGUAUUUUAUCAAAUGUAUGCAGAGUCUUUGUUUGGACAUGAGAGGGAUAAAGAGAUGUGGCGGGGUUGCAAAAGGUAUUAUUUUUUAUCCGAAUUGUGCUCUCUAGUGGCAGUAUAGAAAACUACAAUCGUGUGGUUAAGCCUUGUUUUACCUGGCUGAAGUCCACAUUAGUUAACUGAAUUAAAGACACACAAAAAUUCCUCCUAACACGUAUGGAAGGUUAUAGUAUAUAAGGUUGGAUGGUAUUUGUUUGCCAACACAUGCAAACAAAAAAUGGAUAAGAACACAUGAUUGGUAGAAACUUGCAGUCAACAACAUUGCUUCAAUUAAAUAGGGCCUUAAAAUUUGAUUCAAAUCAUAAGAUUCGGAAACAAGUUCCUCGUUAAAUAAAUUAAAAGAAGCAUUUAAAGCCAGCUUUAGGCUGUCAUAUGUGUGACACAAUUCACAUAGUAAAGACAUUUACAUCUUUGACAUCAGUUUUGCUUUUCUGUCCUCGCACAAGCACAAAAGUCACAUCUAUUGUGUUUGUGUAUUUACACAAAUUUAAAAGAUGAGGCAUGACGAUAUGAUGACAUACGGUUCGCUUCUUUGCAAGGUGUCAAGGCCUUGGCGCUGGUCUUGAGACGGAUGGCAAUUUUUGCAGCCAUCCCAUGCCGUCGCAGUUCUGAAGUGACACCUCGUGUCCACACCCGCCAACGAAGACAGCAUCAGUAGGAUAACACAUCAC